AUUCGAAUCGCGUCCGUCGUUAGCGCAGAUCGCAGGUGGCGCUUUAUUCCGAGAAUGAAAUUCGAAAGAAGUUUGUUCUUUCCGUUUCGAUAUUCUCCGUCUACUUUGUCCGUUCUCGCUACCGCAGGAAUCGAUCGGUCGUCGGAGAAAUAUGAGCAUUCUCGUUCUUCUUCCGUUUCUCUUCUAUUUCUCGUUCUGCGGGGAAAACGUCGUCUCCGGCUUUUCCUUCUACGCCACCACCCCCGCCCGGGAGGGGGACCUUCUCUUCCCGGCCUCGAACGAGUGGCAAGAAAGCCGAGGAAGGCCCUUCUCCAUCCGGGAACCGUCCCGUCCUCCACUGAGAAGAACGACGAAAGGGUUUGCGGCCGGAGGGCCUUGUCCGCCCGGCUUCCGAUCGCACCGCCGUCUGUGCCAGGCCUGUCCGCCGGGAGAAUUUUCGGAGUUCGAAGAGAGCCGAAAAUGUUUUCCUUGUCCGCCCGACACCUACGCUCCGAAAUACGCCUCCACCCGCUGCAUUCCCUGUCCUCCGGGUUCCGGCACGUGGAGCCAGAGUAGUACCGCUCUCCGGAGUUGUCGAGGCGGCCUCGUCGUCUGGUUGGCCGAAAGUCGGCUGAGACCUUCCAACCCGCGGCAGAAGAUUUUGACGUUCUUCUCCCUGGCACUCUCGCUCCUCCUGUUUCUGGUGGCAGCGGCGACUCUUCUUUGGGGAAGAAGAAGGACCGACGGCGGAGCCUUUUGGAGAAGAGGAAAGAGGUACCGGGACCGGGCCACUUCUAAGGGAAAGACCGUUCUGGACUACGGAAGAUACCUGGCCCACCGCGGAUCGGGAACGAAACCCACGGACGACGAUGGGAUUCGUUCGGCGGAAAAGAAAGAAAAAAAGAAAAUUUGGCGGAAAUUAAAAGAGCGGGCGGAGAGAGAAUGGCCCAGACAAAAGGCGACGGUGGAUUUAAAUUGAAGACGAUCGAAUGGCGUCUUUCUUCUUGGCGUUACCGAGGCCGACGAAAGAAAGAAAUGCCUUCUGCCGCCACAAAUUUCUUCCCACAUCCAUUGGGACCGAGACUUUUUCUCUUUAAAAAUUAAAAAGUAAUUCUCGCCAUGUUUUUUUUCUUCUUGUAA